AUGGAUUCAUCCCCCCCGAUAUCUCCCCACGAAGGGAAUAGCCAGGUCUGCUCAAGUGAGGAUGUCGGAAAGAUCGACGACAGAACACCACUUCUCGCCGCCUACCCAGGUGGAGCGAAGCAAGUGGAAGAGAAAUGGACGCGGGGGGCUGGCUUCGUCUGGAUCGAAAUUGCCAUCUUUUCCAACGUUUUCCUCUCCGGGUUUGACGGAACCAUCACGGCCUCGACCUACGCAGUCAUCGGGUCGGAGUUCAAGGCGGCGAACACCAUCUCCUGGCUGACCACGUCUUACCUGAUCACGAGCACCGCGUUUCAACCUCUCUACGGCCGUUUCUCCGAUAUUCUCGGUCGUCGAACCUGUUUCUUCACUGCCACCAUCACGUUCCUGUUGGGGUGUCUCGGGUGUGCUCUGGCCCCCGACAUGAUCACCUUGAAUCUGAUGAGGGCUCUCACCGGGCUGGGAGGAGGUGGACUGAUGACCAUGGCCACGAUCAUCAACUCGGACAUGAUACCCUUGAAGGAGCGUGGGAUGUACCAAGCGUGUCAGAACGUGCUCCAUGGGUUUGGAUCCAUCUGUGGCGCGUCCCUCGGCGGGCUCAUCGCCGAUCAUAUUGGUUGGCGUUGGUGCUUCUUGUGUCAAGUGCCGGUCUCCAUCUUUGCUUUCGCGGUCGGCUUCUUCGUCAUCACGAAGCCUGAGACCAAGACCACGGUCGACGAAGAAAACCCGACCUCGGAGAGACCGGCGUCCAAGUGGAAGGAGAUUGACCUGGCCGGCGCCAUGCUUUUGGUUCUCGGCCUGUCUGCACAGUUGGCUGCCAUGAGUAUGGGUGGGAACAACUACCCCUGGACCGACUUCCGGGUCAUCCUCGCCAUGAUUGUGAGCGUGCUUCUCCUGGUCGUAUUCGUGUUCGUGGAACUGCGAACCACAGCAAUUCCAGUGAUGCCCAUGUCCAUGUUGAAAGGCACGCUGGCCAUUUCCAAUCAAAUCAGCAACGUGUGUGUGGGCAUGGCGGCAUAUUCGUUUUUGUUCAUGCUGCCUUUGUUCUUCCAGGUUGUUCUUCGAGACAGCCCCUCGGAAGCGGGCAUCCGUCUCGUGAUACCCUCGCUGGCCACUCCAGUCGGCGGGCUGGCUUCGGGCAUCAUCAUGUCUCGAUGGGGCCGUCUCAGCGAGCUCGUCCGGGUGGGCUGUCUGAUGAUGAUGGUGGGCAAUGGCUUGGUGGCCUCGCUCAAAUACCACGACGAGUCGUGGAAGUAUCUUGUCUAUCUGAUGCCGGCGAACUUCGGCCAGGGCAUGUCGUACCCUGCCAUUCUCUUUACAUUUUUGGCCGCGUUCGAUCACAGUCACCAGGCUGUCUCCACGUCCAUGGUCUAUCUGUUCCGCUCGAUGGGGACUGUCUGGGGUGUGGCUGCCUCUUCUACUUUACUGCAAAACAUUCUUGCGCAGCAGCUGCCGUCAGCACUGGCAGACAUACCCGAGAAGGAAAAGAUCAUCGAUGAGAUCCGUCAUUCCAUUACGAGCUUGAAGACGCUUCCACCCGAAGUUCAGUCGGCAGCACGUCACGUAUAUUACGACGCCUUGCAGUGUGGAUUCAUUGCCAACACCGCAGUUGCAGCGCUGGCUUUGGUCACGUCUUUCUUUGCGCGCGGGAAAAGCCUCGAUCGAAGCUGA